CGACCCUUUUUCGCCGUAUACAGUGCAAACCGAAGGUACGUCUUAGGAUAUUGAGUCAAGUGGAACCUUGUUCGCUGACGGUCAUAGAAAUGUCGGCAAGAGUGCAAGAAGUCUUGUCCUGUGGUCCGUACAGGCAAGCUCUGUAUCGAAGUCACCCCUGAGUCCAAGAUCGCUUUCAUUUCGGAACGGCUGUGUAUCGGAUGCGGUAUCUGCCCGAAGAAAUGUCCCUUUGGCGCUAUUCACAUCAUCAACCUGCCCACCAACCUUGAAACCCAGGUGACGCACCGCUACUCGGCCAACAGUUUCAAGCUUCAUCGGUUGCCCAUGCCCCGUCCGGGUCAGGUCCUGGGUCUGGUGGGAACCAACGGUAUUGGCAAGAGUACUGCUCUUAAGAUUCUUAGUGGAAAGCUCAAGCCAAACCUUGGACGAUAUGAUAACCCCCCGGAUUGGGAGGAGAUCCUCAAGUAUUUCCGUGGUUCUGAGCUGCAGAACUACUUCACCAAGGUCUUGGAGGAUAACCUGAAGGCUGUGGUCAAGCCUCAGUACGUCGACCAGAUUCCCAGAGCUGUGAAGGGACCUGUCAACACCGUGGGCCCUCUCAUCAAGGCCCGUUCCCAGAUGGACAACAUGGAGCACAUCAUGAAAGUUCUUGAGCUCGAGCAGGUCGAGGACCGUGAGAUUGCUUUGCUUUCCGGAGGAGAACUCCAGCGCUUUGCUAUUGGUCUGGUUUGCGUCCAGAAGGCCGAUGUGUAUAUGUUUGACGAGCCAUCUUCUUAUCUGGAUGUUAAGCAGCGUUUGAGUGCGGCCCGUACUAUCCGUGAACUGCUGCGACCUGACGACUAUGUCAUCGUCGUCGAACACGACUUGUCUGUUCUGGACUAUCUGUCCGACUUUGUCUGCGUUCUCUACGGUAGACCCGCAGUGUAUGGUGUCGUGACCCUCCCUGCAUCCGUCCGUGAAGGUAUCAACAUCUUCUUGGACGGCCAUAUUCCUACCGAGAACUUGCGAUUCCGAGAGGAAUCUCUCACCUUCCGUAUCGCCGAGGCGGGAGAUGACUUCAUGGCUGACAAGGCCCGUGCUUUCGCCUACCCUGCUAUGGAGAAGACUUUGGGCAACUUCCAUCUCAAGGUCGAGCCUGGAAGGUUCACUGACUCCGAGAUCAUUGUCAUGAUGGGUGAGAAUGGAACUGGAAAGACCACUUUCUGUAAGAUGCUGGCUGGUGCUGAGAAGCCGGACGGCAACAUGUCUGUGCCUCGUAUGAACAUCAGCAUGAAGCCCCAGAAGAUCACUCCCAAGUUCCAAGGAACCGUGCGCCAGCUGUUCUUCAAGCGUAUCAAGGCUGCCUUCCUCUCCCCACAAUUCCAGACUGACGUCUACAAGCCUCUCAAGAUUGACGACUUCAUUGACCAGGAGGUUCAGAACCUGUCUGGUGGUGAAUUGCAGCGUGUGGCUAUUGUCUUGGCUCUCGGUAUCCCUGCUGAUAUCUACGUUAUUGACGAGCCCAGUGCCUAUCUCGACUCUGAGCAACGUAUUAUCGCUGCUCGUGUCAUCAAGCGCUUCAUCAUGCACACCAAGAAGACUGCAUUCAUUGUCGAACACGACUUCAUCAUGGCCACUUACCUUGCCGAUCGUGUCAUUGUCUUCGACGGUCAACCAUCUAGGGAUGCCUGUGCGAACCCCCCGGAAUCUCUCUUGACUGGUUGCAACCGUUUCCUCAAGAACCUGGAUGUCACCUUCCGUCGUGAUCCGAACAGUUACCGUCCUCGUAUCAACAAGUACCAGUCUCAGCUGGACCAGGAGCAGAAGUUGAGUGGAAGCUACUUCUUCCUGGAGGAGGAGAGUUGAAAAGGGCGUCCAUGGCAGGCACCAUCGCGACCGCUACAGGCGUGACGAUCGCGAUUCUCACAAGCGACGACGACGAUACCGCGGCACGAAAAAAGGCGUUUGGUUGGUAGCAUUUUCUGGCGUUGGUAAAGGCGUUGUUGCUCGAGGCAGGGGACACCGUUGCAUGGGUCUCUC